AUGACAGAUUCGAUAAAGGACAGAGUCGAAGAAGGUGAAAACCUCCCCUACCAAGUGCAAGGCUCCUCUUCCAAUACGGCGUUGAAUAUUGCUUCAAAGUCUUCUCUCGACAACGAAGGAGCUCGAGUUGCAAAUGCUUCCGUGGAAGAAGGUGGAUCGAGAACUAUCAUAUCUUAUCAAACAACUGAGCUCGAUUGGAAGCUGCUACCACCGCUUCCGGCUCCACAAGAAGCAAAACACAAAGAGUUUCGGUGUGGCUCCUUCGUCCUUGGAGGUGCUGCUUCUUUGUGCUUUGUCGCGGUCCUAAGUGCGUUUGGAUUGUCAAAUGCUCAGUCCAAUAUUGCUGAUUCCAUUUUUGUUGCUGCGGUCUCUAGUCUAUUUUUUGUUGAGCUGCUGUGCUUAUUGGCUAUUUACCACAAAGAUCCUGGUGUGGUGAAACGAUCACCAUUCACCUGUCAUCCGAUUCCACCACAAGUCCAACCUUAUGUCAGGUCCUACAUACAAACCCAUCAACAGCAACCAAAUAAGUCAAAUGGGGAAAACGAUGCGCUGGUCCAGGAAAUGGUUCCAGCACCUUCGGAGCUUUACAUUUCAAUGCAAGACGAAAACAAUAGUGACAAUGGAGAGGACUUAUCAUCUAUUGAUACCUACUGCGUCAGAUGUUUGGUGUGGAGGCGAGGAAAGAAGAAGUAUUUUCAUUGCAAUACCUGUCAGAGAUGCGUUUCGCAUUAUGAUCAUCAUUGCAAUGUUUUUGGACGUUGCAUUGCCGGGCGUCUCCCUUUUCAAGGGAAUCUACCUCUCUUCUACAUGGCUGUUGGAGCUAGUGUUCUUUUGUAUGCCACUACUGCUAUUGGGUUGGCUUGGAAAUUAGGUACGGGUGGAUUAAUAUAG